UUCAAAUCAGCUGAUUGUCGUUUUCGUGAAUGAACGAACGACAAUAAAAAAGGAAUAUAUGCGAAAAUAUUCUAACCUUAUCAGAUUGAUAAUUUACAAAGGCGCUCAGUGGUUAUUUAUAAAUGAGCGCUAAGCGAAAAUAAAAGCUGUGUAAACAUAUAGUAUUCGCGCAUAGAAUUAAUAAUAAUUAGAAAAUAAUACGAAACGACACGUGUGAUGCAAGGUGUAGGAACAACGACGACGGAAUUUCAACAGCCGGAACCCCAUCAUCUUCAGCAACAACAGUCGCAAACACCGUCACGUCGGAAGCAGCAAGUGCCCAUGAAUGAGGUAAAGGAUUGGCGACCAUUCGUUUAUGGUGGACUUGCGUCAAUCACAGCGGAAUUUGGUACUUUUCCGAUUGAUACAACAAAAACGCGCCUCCAAAUUCAAGGUCAAAAAAUUGAUCAAACAUUUUCGCAAUUGCGGUAUCGUGGAAUGACUGACGCAUUCAUUAAGAUAUCGCAAGAGGAGGGACUAAAAGCGCUAUACUCGGGCAUUUGGCCGGCUGUACUGCGUCAGGCAACCUAUGGCACCAUUAAAUUCGGCACCUACUACACACUCAAGAAGUAUGCUAAUAAUCAUGGUUUGCUAAUCGAUCGUGAAACGGGCGCUGAACGUGUAUGGGCGAAUAUUUUGUGUGCGGCAACAGCGGGUGCAGUUUCAUCUGCGAUUGCCAAUCCCACCGAUGUGCUGAAAGUACGCAUGCAAGUGCACGGGAAAGGAGUGCAUAAGCAUGGUUUGCUGGGCUCAUUUCUAGAAAUCUAUCGGUAUGAGGGUGUGCGCGGCCUAUGGUGUGGCGUUGGCCCCACCGCACAACGUGCCGUUGUUAUUGCCUCAGUCGAGUUGCCUGUUUAUGAUUUCUGUAAAAUGCAGUUGAUGAAUGCGUUUGGCGAUCAUGUAGCUAAUCACUUCAUUUCAAGCUUUAUUGCCAGUUUGGGCAGCGCUAUUGCCUCGACACCUAUAGAUGUGAUAAGGACCCGUCUUAUGAAUCAAAAACACUUAACAAUUGUAGAUGGUGUAGCGGUGGGGAGAACCCCAAAGCUUUACAAAGGUAGUUUUGAUUGUGCGGUGCAAACCGUCCGCAAUGAAGGUAUGCUAGCGCUCUACAAAGGAUUUAUACCCACAUGGGUGCGCAUGGGCCCAUGGAAUAUUAUAUUCUUCAUUACCUACGAACAACUGAAGAAACUCUGAAUCAUUUAAUCCCCAUCAUUAAACAGUACAAGCCGCAUUUAAAAGGACUAAUUAAAAAGCAAACAUCAUGCAUAGUUAAUUUAAAAACAUAUGAAGCCAAAAAGCAUAUUUAGUUUGUAAGCUUAUAGGAGCAAACUAUUUAUAUUGAAGUGUAGCACACAGAUAUUAAUACAAAGUAGUAGGGAACUUUAAAUACAUAAUUUUAGUAACAUACAUAUGUGUGGAUGUGUAAAAGUGCGCUGUGUAGGCAAAUGACAACUUUAAAAAUAUAAUAUGUAGGACAUUAGUUAGUAUGACAAAAAAUUGUAAUUUGUACUUUGAUAUGUAGCAAGAAAAUUGCUAGUACUAGUUAAUAGCUCGCGUGGAAUAAAAUAAAAUACUACUGCUGUUGUGCACAAUUAUUGCCAUUUGGCGCAAAACAUUGUUAACUAUUUGUUAAACUAGUGUUAAGCUGCUACAUAUUUUCAUUUAGUGUUCAGGUGGUUAAAAUGUAUUAUAAAUGGCAUGCACCUACAUACAUAUAGAAACAUGUACGGUUUGAAUUUUAACAAACAAGUAUACUAAAAAGUUUUGGGUCACUCGCAUUGUCAAAUUCAACUACAUACAUAAAAUGUAUUAUUUCUUUUACUUGCAUUUUCUGAUUCUCUUACUCUUAAGCUUUUUAUAAAAAACAUUAGUUUAUCCAAUUAAUAUUUGAUAUUUUUUUUAUUAAAAAUGCACUGGGAA